AUGGAGUUGAUUCAAGAAAUAACACUACUAAAAGAAUCCUUCUUGGAAUUUAUAAUCAAAGUAACUCCUGUGUUUACAGAACCCAUAUUGGAAUAAUUUAACUCAAAAUGGAAUCCCCUGAAAAAACUAUUAAGUGAUCCUUCUAAAAGUGCGAGUGAUGUUUUCCUAUUGGUUUCUUCCAUGUCCUCCCUAAAAAAGAGCAAUACUUCAUCCACAUCAGCCACUUCCCCAAAUUCAGAUUGCAGUGUCCAAAAAACACAAAAGACAGACAAUUCAGCCAAGAAAUGCUAUUAACCUCCAGACCAAAAAGAGAUAACCAAAGUGAAAGAGCAGGCCAAUCCAUUAUCGUAUAAAGAGCUUAAAAUUGGUAAUCUUUUUAUCAAAACGUAAAAUAGAAAUUAACAAGAACAUUUUCCUAAAUACUCCGCGUGCUAGACCAACCUCAUAAUAGGAAAUAGGGAGUAACAGUGAAAAAAUAUAUGAAGAUGAUAUGAAAGCCAAGAUAUUGAAAGAUGAUAUAAAAUGUAUGAUGUUGUUAUUUACUGAGUUAGUUUUAAAUCAAUUGAGAGUGCAAACUCCAGAGAAAAAGGUUAGUGUGACUGUUAGGUGCAAUCUAGGAUUGAAAUUGUCUGAAGCUAUUAGUUAAUUUCGUAAGGAUAACUUCACUUUGAAAACCAUACAUGAAAGAAGCACUGAAAUAACGAGUCCAUAAUCAGAACGCUCAGAAUCACCACUUUUAUUUGUUUACAGGCCAAAGAACUAAUAUUUCUAACAGCCUAUGCUUAUGUAAUAAUAAUAAGCAGGACCAUUAAAAGGAUAUAGUAUCUACUCAAAAAAAGGGUAUAUACAACCAAUACAAUUUGAUGUGCAAUUUCAGAUGCUCAUACAACAACACUAGAAUAAUAUCACCUAUAGAAAAUUUUAUAUUUGA